ACGAACUGAACUUAUCCGACCAUGGGUACUCCACGGGCCAAUGGUGUCGCCGGCUCCAGGCACCACAAGCACAUCCUGGGAACUCUUGUGUGCUUCGUCCUCACGCUGUCGACGGGGCUGUGGACGUCGCUGCAGAGUGGCGUCGCUGCACAAUACCUCCAGCCGCAAGAGGAGCGCACGAGCAUUUCGGUGAACGAGGGCCAGCAGACCGAGCUUCCGUGCGUGACCCGCCAGCCGGCCUUCAACGGGACGCACAACGUGCAGCGGGUGCGCUGGUUCCACGAGCCACACUUCCGGCUCGGCCGAGACGUCAUCUACACGGUGGACGUCGGCGGCCAGAACUCACCCUACCCAAGUGAGCGUGGCUCCAACCCUAACCAGGUGGCGCGCUGGGUACGCAAGGAGUGGCAGGGUCGCGCCUACUUCUCCUUCAUGGGUCACCCGCAUUCUCUGAAGAUCAUCAACCUUCGCCACGAGGACAAGGGCACCUACGUUUGCUCGGUGACCUUCCGUGACGGGACCACUAGGAACGCCACCGUCUACCUGCAGGUCAUCGUACCUCCCGAGCCACCUGUGAUCAUGGACACCCAAGGCAAUGUUCUGUCGGGAAAAAUCGGCCCUUUCAACGAGAGCAGCCGACUGAGCCUAAUGUGCGAAGUCCGAGGCGGCAAACCGGCACCGACGCUGACGUGGAGGCGCAAUGGGGAGCCCGUGUACGCCAACGCCAUGGCAACGGCGUCGGGCGACGUGCGUCGCUCGACGCUGACGCUGCACAACUUGCGCCGCCAGGACCUGAUGGCGCUGUACUCCUGCGUGUCUUCCAACAACGUCUCAAUACAGGGGGAGGCCGCCGUCACGCUCGACAUGAACCUGUCACCGACGAUGGUCCAAAUUCGGCGCACGGAAACCCCCAUAUCCGCUGGCCUUCCGGCCGAGAUCCUGUGCGAGGUGUGGGGAUCUCGGCCACCUCCGGACAUCAGCUGGUGGAAGAACAGCGUUCAGCUCGAGCAGGCGUUUGUGCACGUUUCGCAGGACGGCAACCUUACCACGAGCGUGGUCGAGUUCACCCCCAUGCAUAGCGACAAUGGCGAGACGCUUGUGUGCAGGGCCGAAAACAAACGCAUGCCGGGAUCGGUGCGGGAAGACCAGUGGGACCUCAAUGUUCACUACCGGCCCAAGCUGCGGCUCCAGAUGGACCCGAACCUCGGCCCCGACCGGCUACAGGAAGGCAUGGACAUCACUUUGGGCUGCAGCGUGGACGCCAACCCGGCCAUAAGGGAGCUCCUGUGGCAACGAGAUGGCCGCCCACUGUUGCCGACCAAAGAUGGUGUCACUGUGCACCGCGAAGCGCUCACCAUACAGAAAGCGACGCUGAUGCAUGUGGGGAAUUACACCUGCUCAGCAGCCAACAGGGAGGGCAGGGGCCUCAGCAACGUCGUUGAGCUGCGACUGAAGCAUGCUCCCGUGUGCAAGUCCGGCCAGCGGCUAGUGUACGCGACGCGGCUGUCCAAGCUGCUGCAGGUAUCCUGCGAGGUGCAGGCGCAGCCGCCGGCCGUUACCUUCCGUUGGCGCUUCAACAACUCGCUCCACCAAAGCGCCAGGAUGGACACGUACAGCUGGGAGGGCACACGAAGCGUAGCGCGCUACGCGGUGCGGUCGCACCAGGACUACGGCACCCUCCUGUGUUGGGCGCGAAACCAGGUCGGCGACCAGAGGCAGCCCUGCGUGUUCGUCGUGGUCCCGGCCGGGUCGGAGUUCCUAGUCUCCAACGAGGGCCUCAUCGCUAUGCUCAUCUGCCUGCUGUUUGUGCUCAUCAUACUAGUCGUCUCCAUAUACUUCCUAAUAAAGUGGAGAAGGCGGAAACUGAGCAAAGAUGAACAAAGACUGAGAGCUGACUCGCAAGCCAGCUGCGGGGCUGCUUCCGCACCGCCAGCCAGCAGCAACAGCCACAUGGCGGCGAGCACCUUGCACUCGAUGGGAUCUUCCAGGAGCAGCAACGGCAACAUCGCUCCGGGCGGGUUCGCGAACGGCAGCAGAUACGUGGCACCACGCUGCACGUAGCCGGCGGUUGCAGAAUGAGUGAAGCCGAAGCCCCGUCGGGUGGAGUCCCAUGUGGAAAGAGGGAGAGAGUGCAGCACGCCACUUCAUGACUGAGUGCUCGCGCGGCAAUGUGGCGAGUGUUGUUCGUCUCAGCCUGUUUACUGUGCUUAAACAGGUGCGAACUCGGCAGGUUCGCGUGGGCCGCUACAACGUGAACACUUAGGAAUAUGACGCGGCGGCUUUUGAGUGAGUGCGGAGACACCGAGAAAAAAAUUCUGUCCUCUCCCAUGGAAUCCACGUGACCGCUUCAAGCGGAAAGCCGCUAACACAGUGAUCUUCAGACUGUUUCGUGCAAGCGCGCGUGAAGAGACUUGAACUAGCGGUCUUUUCCUGGAAAAAGGAAACUCCUAGUGCGAUGGGUUACCAGGUUAAGGAGAAGGGUGUGUCAUGUUUUGACGGCCAGGUAAAUGCAGGCUGCUGGCCAUGCGCACCUGUGUCGUGGAGAAGUGCUAUGGCGAGCGCUGCAUUCAAGCAUAUCCAUAGUCCAUGGCUGAUGCCUCAGGAGGGUAGGUGCGAUGAAUAACGCAGGUUGGUGAAAUGGCAUCACGAAGCAAUGCCGCUUCGAUAAAAAGAAAAGACACUGUUUUGUUAAGCACAUUCUUGUCCUAUUCGGCGGCUAAGCACUCUGUGCAAAUUUCAUUGCAGAUAUUUAUUGAAACAAAAUGGAGGUGCAAUAGAGGGUUAUUUAUUAUGUAAAUGAAAUCCGUAGAAAAGGUUGGAAAAAUAAAAUUUCUAAAUGAAAACAGUUAAUGCUUCCCGCUGAUAAGUCAAAGAGAAAGGGCCGAUACUUAAGUAUGCUAGUGGACUGUGCUGUCGCGAAAUUAUUUGUUAACAAAGAAUGAAAGAAUCUCGACCUUUAGAAAGCGCUCUCAAGCUUCAGAUUGAACAUAAAGAGUAGCAGGUGUAAACAUACACAAGGAAAAGUGAAAGCAUUGUUCGGGUAGGUAUGCGUCAGACGAGAAACCGUCAGACGGAGAAUAUACUAACUUUACAUUAAUUCUGCUUUGCUUACGGCUUGAACAAUGAAGAAAAAUUCAUUGAUGACUAAAGCAUGCAAAUAUGGAGGAUUUGUGCAGUGCCUGUCAGAAAAUGCCAUGACGUAAUUUGUUUCUUAACAUUGUUGGAAUAACAAACGCAAUUGCUCAUUCGGAAUUUUUCCCGGCAUUUUGCUUUUCCUGGCUGCAGUGAACGUUCUUACAUGUGACUGGUGGCCCUUUUUAUGUCAGCUGAAUUAAUUUUCGGUGGUGUCUGUGGUAUGAAAAUCAAAUUUCAUAUAAGUUAAUAAUGCGCAGCAAUAACUCUAACAAUUGCAAAAACAGAAGAAAAAUAAAUUACUGUUUUGCUGUGUCAAAAUAAAAAUGAAUUCUGCAAACAAAUGCUGAACAAGCAAGGAACAGUAUAUGACUUCAGAGAAAGACAAAGAGAAGUCAUAAGGGAAAGGCAGGGAGAUUAACCAAGCUAAGCAUUGUAGGCUACCCUGCACUGAGACAGGGGGAAAGGGUUUUAAAGAGAAGGAUGAAACAAGCUUGCAGUUUGCACUGUUACGCGCACAAGCGCUCAUACUUCAGAGAAAAAUAUGUGCGUUAAGCACAGGCUGAAAUAAUCAGAGUAUCUGCGUUUUUUUUCUAAUCUGUCAGUAAUCACAUGUUGCCGGACAUGACUAUUAUGGCGUUCGAGUGCAAUAAACAAUCGACGAAGA